AUGUCCGUCAAGCUCUCAGACAAGGCCACCAAGGAGAUCGACCAGCUCCUCGCCGACUACCCGCAGGAGGGAUACCCCGGCACCAUUGUCGGCGCUAUCAACAAGGCGGGCGAGAUCCUCUACCUCAAGCCGACGGGCCUCAAGAACGUUGACACCAAGGAGAAGUAUGACAAGGACACGGUCUUCUGGGUCGCGUCGUUCUCCAAGCUCGUGACGGCCGUCGGCGCGAUGCAGCUCGCCGAGCAGGGCAAGAUCAACCUCGACGACCCCGUUUCCAAGGUCCUCCCCGAGCUCACCAAGCCCGAGGUCAUUGUGAGCACGACCGCCACCGAGAUCAAGACGAGGCCCGCUACCGUGCCCAUCACGUACCGCAUGCUCCUGACGCACACUUCGGGCCUCGGCUACCCCUUCUGGAACCAGGACAUCCUGAACUGGGCCGGACAGUCGGGCCAGGCGAGCUGGUUCACCAACGUCAACCACCCGCUCGUGUUCGAGCCCGGCACCAGCUGGGAGUACUCUGUCGGCCUGGACUGGAUGGCCGUGGCGAUGGAGCGCAUCACGGGCUUGACCCUUGACCAGUACUCCAAGAAGUACAUCUUUGACCCGCUCGGCAUGAAGGACUCGACGUUCAACCUUGCAACCCGCCCCGACCUCCAGCCGCGCCUGUCCACGCUGCACACAUGGGACCCGGCGACGGAGAAGACCGCAACGAUGCCGUUCGCGCACAACCCGCUCGGCGUCGACGGGCCCGAGCUGCAGUCGGGCGGCGCGGGCCUGCACUCCACGCCAGAGGACUACCUCCGCCUCCUGCAGGUGCUGCUCAACGGCGGCGAGAACGAGAAGGGCACGCGCAUCCUCAAGGCCGACACGGUCAAGCUCAUGUUCGAGGACCAGAUCGCCGACUUCAAGGACAAGGGCGCGCUCGGCGACUCGGCGCCCCCCGCCGCCAUCCCGGCGUUCGUGCACACCCCGCUCGUCAUGGCGCCGGGGCUUGCAAAGGGCUGGGGCUUGUCGUUCCUGCUUAACAAGGACGACUGGCCCGGAAACCGCAAGGCCGGCACCGCAGAGUGGGCCGGCAUCGCAUGUCUCUCGUGGGUCGCCGACCCGACGAGCGAGAUUGCCUUUGUCAUCUUCAACGAGAUCCUCCCCUUCUGGCAGCCCAAGUUCAUCGAGACGAUGCAAAAGGUCCAGGGCAUCAUCUACGCCCCCGGAGCGCUCGUCAAGUAG